GUUGGAUAUGACACAGACAUUAUAUGAUGUGUUUUAACAUUGAGCAGGAUUAAGUCUAAAGAUGGGAGUUACAUUCUAUAAAGUGACCGGAAUACUGCUGUCCGUUACAGUUGUGGUAUUAGGGGCAGUAACGACGAUUGUGCUGUACUUUGCGGGGCAGUCGGCCAUUGACUUCUUCUAUACCGGAACAACGAGGGACGUGGACGGACGAAUCCACCGCCGGCAGCCAACAGAUGACUGGUACGGCGUCUUUUUCCUCCGGGACUGGGCCUUCGGAUUUGUUUACAUCACACCCGGAAUAUACGGCAUUGCAUCUUCCCUUUUCUUCAACAAAUGCCUGAUGGGGGUGUCUGUGGUAGUGGAGAUUCUCGCGGUGACAGCCGGAAGCUUCUUGCACACGGCCGGGGCGCUCGGACUGUUAAUUUACUACUCCGUGGUUGCCGAGGGAGCCUCCAAACACGACCCGUUCCUUACCGACUGUUUCUUCAGUAAGAUGCAGACUACGGACACGUACCCCAUCCAGCCUGUGCCAGUGAACGAGCGGUGCGAGCAGGGCCGGAAGUUGUUCGCGCUAGCGGUCGGGGCUGUCUGUGUCGCCUUCCUCGCAUGGUUCCUUACACUGAUCACUCUCCUGUGCAGGGGCUUCCUCAUACACCAUGUGCCUAAACCACAGAAGAAACAUUCUACAACGGAAACUUCGGCACCAUGUGCUGACGGUUCAGUGCAGUUGGAACCAGCGCGAAUUCGCCGGCGAAGACAAGGGAUGGCACGACCGGUGGCGUCGGCAUCAGACGCUGACAGACAGGCCGACAUCGGCAUGGCGGAGGGUGCCAGGCCAAAGGACGGCGGCGGGGCACAGCGGACCACACCGGAAGUUGGAAUAGAUGAAAAGGUGACGAUGGCGGCACUGGUCGGAUGUACGACCGAUUCUAGCUAUGUAGCUGGAUCUACCCCAGAGUUUCACCUGACUGAGACUUCAGAACCAGUGGCGGACAUUGACAUCGGCGUUGAGGGGGAACCCACGUCUUGGGCACACAUGCGAAUGCAACACCUUUUAAAGUGACGCUCUUAUUUAAAUUCAAUGCAUUCACAUGUAUAAAAAACAUAUAUUUUGAGUUCUAAGCCUUUAACUUCGUACUAAAUAAUGCAUUUUGGAAAAAUAUCAAUUACUGAUAACAAGAUUGUAACCAUGAUUUAAUGGCUGAAGAAGCAAAAAUAUUAAAUGAUUGGUGAGUGCUACAAGAUGUAUUGUGAUCUACUAUCGCCUUAUAAGGUAAAAAUCAAAUACCGUGUUUUCUGCACCUUUCUUUCAAAUUAAACUCAGUAUCCUUGAUAAGAACCAUUGUUUUCGAGAUUUAUUUAUCCUUUUUGGUAUUUUAAAAGUAAAAACAAUUGCAUUAAUUGUGGUAAUUUUUAUUUGGGAGUAAGAGUGCACCUUUAAGAAAUCCGCCCUACAAAUAAGCGUGGUGUAAAUAAAUGUAGUUCUCUGACUAAUCCAUAAACAAUAAUGUUAAAGGUUUAUACCUGAUGAUCCCAUAAAAUAUUAGUAUCACUCGACAGGCAAUUGGUUACAUGCUACUUACCCGCAAAAAUAAAUGACUAAAUUACAAUAUUGCGAGUACCUUUUGUAUAACUGGCUCUUUAUUUCGACUAGAAUACGAUGUGAAAAUACCUUUUUAGCAGCUAUUUUUCAAGGCCAUACAGAUUUGUUUGUGUUCUCAUUUAAAGCUGUACUCUCACAGAUUGAACGUUUUGACACUUUUUUUAUCUUUUUUCUUGGAAUGAGCCAAUUAUAGCGAAAAUGCAUGAAAACCAGGUAUGUAAGACUGCUGACAAAAAAAAUAGAUCACAGAUUUUUACAUUUAAGUUAAAAAAUUGACGUUAAAUGCAUUUUUCUUAAACCGUUAGUAACGGCACAUGUAACGCGAGAGUGUGGUCUUGUGCUGGGUAACAGGAGAAGUCGUACCAACACCAACUCCAACCACUAGUGGAGCGAGUAACAGUUUAAGCCAUACAACAUUAAUUUUCGAACGGAAAUAUGAAAUCUGCGAUCUGAUCUUUUGUCAGCAAUGUUUUAUCGUUGGUUUGAAGAUAUGUACGCAAACAAAUGCUCUUUCCAAGACAAAAAAAAUUGUUAAAAUGGUAAAUCUGUGAGGGGGCAGCUUUAAGAUCGAUUUGCCUCCAAUUAUUUUGAUCAUUACAAUCGUAAUUUGAGUUUUGAAAACAAUUAAGUUUGGUUUGUGGUCACCAAGCCGGACUAGCGGGUUUCGUCAAGGUACUCAAGUAUCCCCCACAACACAAGAUUACAAGAGAAGUCGUACCAACACCAACUCGCUCCACCAGUGGUUGAAGUUGGUGUUGGAACGACUUCUCGUUACCCAACACAAGACCACACUCUCGCGUUACAGCGUGCAAACGAGUGGUUCAUAUAAUUUUAUAAUAACUUGUUUCAUAAUUGUUGUAAAAUAAACAAGUUUAAAAUAAACUAAACUAAAUUCAAAUGAGUUAAACAUGAUAAUAAAUCAGAUUUAAAAAAAUCAUCAACCUAUAGAUUUGAUUAAUAUGCAUGUGAAUACAUCUUUUUGUUUCGUUGUUCUUUUUUCUGCUUCAUUCUAAUCUAUGCAGCUGUUUUCCAUUGCAUGGUGUGAUGUAAACCAACAUUGUAUUUGUAUACAUCGUCUGCUUU